CGUAGCAGUAAAAGAAAUGGCAAAGUAUUAGAAAAGGUCUUCAAGGCCAUGAAGUACCGAGGCCAUAAUAGGGACACACACCAGUGCCGCGUGAAAAUUAAGGAGCUACGGCAAGCCUACCACAAAGCCAGAGAAGCAAAUGGAAGGUCCAGGGCAGAGCCGCAAACUUGCCGCUUCUACGCGGAGCCGCAUGCCAUUCUAGGGGGUGCAGGCACCACUACCCCAACCAUGUGCUACGACUCCCUCACUGGAGAAACACACAGGGAAGAGGGUUCGGGGAACGAGGAAGAUGAGGAUGGAGGUAAUGUAGGUAGCUCACAGCAGCAAGGAAGCGGAGAAACCGGUUUCCCCAACAGCCAGGAUAUGUUUGUCACCCUGGACCUGGAACCAGUAACCCCCGAACUCACCCAAGACCCUGAGGGCACACAGGGGACCUCUGCUGCAAAUGUUUCUCCUUCACAGAGGCUAGUGAACAUUAGAAAGAGAAAACGGAGGACGCGGGACGAUAUGUUCACGGAGCUCCAGAUGUCCUCCCACGCUGAUAGAGCACAGCAGAACGCGUGGAGGCAGUCAAUGUCAGACAUGAGAAAAGCACAAUAUGAACGAGAGGAGAGGUGGUGGGCUGAAUCGCAUGAUGAAAAGAGCAAGUGGCGGGCUGAAGAUGAUAGGUGGCGUCAGCUUGCAGACAGAAGGCAAGAGUCAAUGCUCCGUCUGCUGGAGCAUCAAACUGAUAUGCUCCAGCGUAUGGUUGAGCUGCAGGAAAGGCAGCAGGAGCAGAGACCGCCGCUACAGCCCCUGUGUAACCAACAGCCCUCCUCCCCAAGUUCCAUAGCCUCCUCACCCAGACGCCCAAGAACACGGUGGCGGGGCCUCCGGCCACCCAGUCACUCCGCCCCAGAUGAUUGCCCAAGCAUCAGAAGACUGGCCUUCAAUAAGAAUUAAAGUUUUAAAAUGCAGUGUGUCCUUUUCCAUCCCU